UCCCUCUCCCUCUCUCUCUCUCCCUCUCUCUCUCUCUGUCCUUCUCCGUCUCUCUUCCAUUCCCAGAAACUCCUUCCGAGGAAGAGGUCAGCAACUUGCAGCACUGAAUACAUCAACUCUCAGUAGAUGUGGAAUACUCCCCAAGACAGAUGGUUUCAUAAAAAGGAGAAAAGAACUUGCAAACGUGUGCAGCUCCUUGAGAAGCAAUGAAGGUCACGGAGGUGAAGCUGAUCAGGCUCCAUAUCUUCUUGCUGCUGCUGGCUGUCACUGUAAGAUGUCAAGUCAACCCAGAAAUGUGUCGCUAUCCUCUUGGGAUGACUGGUGGACAGAUUGAGGAUGAGGACAUCUCUGCCUCCAGUCACUGGUCUGAGUCCACUGCUGCAAGAUUUGGAAGACUUGACUUUGACAACGGAGACGGCGACGGUGCCUGGUGUCCUGACAUCAUGUCAGAGCCGGACGGGCUCAAGGAGUAUCUCCAGGUCGACCUGCGCUCACUGCAUUUCAUCACGCUGGUGGGUACCCAAGGUCGCCACGCCGACGGAAUGGGUAAUGAGUUCGCCCAGCGAUACAGGAUCAAGUACAGCCGGGACGGCAGCACCUGGGUGGGAUGGCAUGACAGGAAGGGAAGGCAGGUCAUCGAGGGCAACAGGAACGCUUACGAUGUGGUGCUAAAGGAUCUGGAGCCUCCCAUCAUAGCUCGCUUUGUCCGCUUCAUGCCUGUGACGGAUCACUCCAUGAUCGUGUGUAUGAGAGUGGAGCUCUACGGCUGUGAAUGGCUGGAUGGACUGAUGUCUUAUAGUAUUCCAGACGGACAUCAAAUGAUCUACAGAGGCCUGGACGUCUUCUUCAACGACUCGGUUUAUGAUGGAGCUUCAGCUGAAAGUUCGUCCGUACACCCCUUCACCAAACUGACAAAGGGCCUCGGCCAGCUGACAGACGGCACGUGGGGUCUGGACGAUUUCCUCCACAGCCACAUCUACAGCAUGUGGCCUGGAUACGACUACGUGGGCUGGAACAACAGGAGCUUCCCCAGAGGUUACGUCGAGCUGAUUUUUGACUUUGACCACGUCCGAAACUUCACCUCCAUGAAGGUUCAUUGCAACAACAUGUUCAGCCGUGGAGUGAGGAUGUUCAGACAGGUCACCUGUUAUUUCCGGUCAGAAUCAGAGUGGGAGGCCGACCCAGUGACGUUCAGGCCAACUGUUGACCGCGUGAGCCAAAACGCCCGUUUUAUCACAGUGCCCCUCGGGGACCACACAGCCAGCGCCAUCAAAUGCCGUUUCCACUUCAGUGACCUUUGGAUGCUGUUCAGCGAGGUGGCCUUCCAGUCAGGUUCGGCAGUGUACAACACAUCGUUGACUCCUCGCAAACACGGGCCCCCCACAAACAUCCUGCCAGGGGACGAUCCUACCCAUAAAGUGGACGACAGCAACACCAGGAUCCUGAUUGGCUGCUUGGUGGCUAUUAUAGCCAUCCUAAUGACUAUCAUAGUCAUCAUCCUGUGGCGGCAGGUCUGGCAAAAGAUGCUUGAGAAGGCGUCGCGUCGCAUGCUGGAUGAUGAACUCACAGCUCGUCUCGCCGUCCAGACCCAGGCCUUCUCCUUCCACCACUCCUCCCUGUGCAGCGAGGGAGGCUCGACCUCCAACUCCACCUAUGAGAGGAUCUUCCCCCUCUGCGCUGACUACCAGGAGCCUUCACGCCUCAUCCGGAAGCUGCCAGAGUUUGCUCAGUCCUCUGAACACCUUGAACUGAGCACCUCCUGCAGAGCCCUCGCAGCCAGCGCUUCAGACAGUGCGCCCCACUAUGCGGAGGCAGAUAUCAUCAGUCUGCAGGAGUCUUCAGACAGCAGCACCCACUCCAUCACCGCUGUCAGCAUGAAUCUCUUCUCUGGCACCGAUUCAUCCAUGAGAGAAUUCCCCAGACAGAAGCUCACCUUCAAGGAGAAACUGGGAGAGGGACAGUUUGGAGAAGUGCACUUAUGCGAGGCAGAGGGCAUGCAGGACUUCCUGGAUGAGGAUUUGUCUAUAGAGGGUAACAAUGAGUCACCUCUGCUCGUUGCAGUUAAAACACUGAGGGAAGAUGCUAACAAGAAUGCCAGGAAUGACUUCUUGAAGGAGAUCCGGAUCAUGUCCCGUCUGAGGGACCCCAACAUUGUCCGUCUGCUGGCAGUGUGCGUGGACACAGACCCUCUGUGCAUGAUCACCGAGUACAUGGAAAACGGAGACCUGAACCAGUUCCUGUGCAGCCUCAGACUAAAAGAGGAAGACAAGGCAGACGAGGAGGAGGAGAAAGAAGGGAAGAGCAUGGUCUGUUAUGUUAAGCUGAUUGGCAUGGCGGUGCAGAUUGCAUCUGGUAUGAAGUACUUGUCCUCACUCAACUUUGUACACCGUGAUCUGGCGACUCGCAACUGCCUGGUGGGUAAGAACUACACCAUAAAGAUUGCUGAUUUUGGCAUGAGUCGGAACCUGUACAGAGGGGACUACUACCGGAUCCAGGGGAGAGCGGUCCUGCCCAUUCGCUGGAUGUCAUGGGAGAGCAUCCUGCUUGGAAAGUUCACCAUGGCUAGUGACGUGUGGGCGUUCGGCGUGACUCUGUGGGAGAUCUUGACUCUGUGUAAGGAGCAGCCCUACUCCCAGCUCUCUGAUGAGCAAGUCAUUGAAAACACAGGCGAGUUCUUCAGGGACAAAGGGAAGCAGGUGUACCUUCCCAAGCCUCCAUGCUGUCCCGACAGUGUCUACAAUGAUCUGAUGCUUGGCUGCUGGCGGAGAAACGCUAAGCAGAGGCCGAGCUUUCAGGAGAUAAACACUCAGCUGAUGGAGAGCCUGGCACAGCAGAAAUGAUAUACAAUUUCACACUGCUGUGCAAACGCCUGGCUGGCUCCCUUUAGUGUGAAUCCAUUUGGAAAUAAUUAGAGACAAUCCGUCAAACUUCCACCCUUUUGUCCUUGCUUGCUUGCCACAGUGGUGCUGUAAAUAAUGAAAGAUGAACGUAUACACUUGAACGGAGCCUUAUAUUGUAGAUAUUAUGCAAGUUAGCAUUUCACAUAGUGUAUUUAUUAAUUUCUCUUUAUUUCUUUUGCAAUGUCUAUUUAUAGAGUACUCUGUGUGAAUUGUAGGUAACACAACUGUUAAUACAUUUUACUCCUUUUCUAUACAUGUAAUUCUAUUGCACAUUUAUUAUAGAAUGUCUGCACUAUAACAAACGUUUCUACUUUUGCUUUAGUCCAACAUGAUGAGAAUGACACGAUGAUGAGGAAUGUGUUUCCCUAUGCAUUUAUGUGUUUUAUGCUCCUUUGCAUAAAUAGAUUUGCUGUACAUACUGUAGUAUAGAACAAGAAUAUCUGUCACACCAAAGAUUCAUGUUAUUAAAGAAAAAAUAAUAUUUCAUUAUGAGUCACACUUUCUUUGUCAAUUUCUUAACCUGCUGGUGUUAAACACUCUCCACUUCUUUAGGUUCAGUAGAGCAUUCUAACAAAUGCAUUUAUAACUUUGUGGUAGUCAUGUUCACUUUAUGUGCAGUAGUUAAAUGAGUUAAAAUGAGUUUGUCAAAAUAAUAGAAACAUCACAGCCCAAUAGUACUACAAAGCACAGCCUGCAAGAUUAAAACAGAGCUGAAUCAACAGCUCUCAGUUACUAGUUCCUAAUGCGUAACACUGUAUCAUAACCUUCAUGGCGUUAAUAUUUAGCACAGGAUUUCUAUAUUAUAAUGCAUUUGUUUUCACUAGUGGACCUACACCAAUUAGGCAUAACAUUAUGACCA